AUGGAACCUGAACCUUUAGCUACCUGCUCGCUGUUGCAGUUCUUCAGCGAUGUCUGUUUAUUAAUCGGUUCUCUGAAUUUCCCACUAGUCUUCCUUGUCAUAGUGAUGUUCACUAUUUGUGCAUAUCUCUCUCUUCAUUUGCUCAGAAUGAACAUCUUGUGUAGUUGCGAAACUUGCCAGGCUUAUCUAAAUUCAAGCUGGUCCAAAGAUUUCACUAAUCUUUGCGAUUGGUAUGUUCACCUUCUUCAAAACUCACCAAGCAAAACCAUACACAUACAUGUCCUAAAAAACACGAUCACUGCGAAUUCCGACAACGUUGAGUACAUGCUGAAGACUAGAUUCGAGAACUACCCGAAGGGGAAAACCUUUUCAAUGAUCUUGGGUGAUUUUCUUGGUAAAGGAAUUUUCAACGUGGAUGGUGAAUUGUGGAUGUUUCAGAAGAAGAUGGCAAGCUUGGAACUCAACAAGUAUUCCAUAAGAUCCUUCGCCAUUGAGAUUGUCAACAACGAAAUCCAACAACGACUCAUCCCUCUCCUAUUGUCAAAGCAGCAAGACGGUGUCGUUUUGGAUUUGCAGGACGUGUUUAGAAGAUUCUCCUUCGACAGCAUUUGUAGAUUCUCCUUCGGGUUAGACCCUGUGUGUCUUGAGAAGAACUCUCUACCCAUUUCAGAAUUCGCUGUUUCCUUUGACUUGGCAUCAAAAUUAUCCGCUGAGAGAGCCAUGGCUGUGUCCCCUUUAGUUUGGAAGAUGAAGAGGUUGUUCAAUAUAGGCACAGAGAAGCAACUAAAAGAAGCACUUAAAACGAUCAAUAUCUUAGCCAAAGAGGUCAUAAAACAAAGACGCAAAAUGGGGUUUUCUCAAAACAAAGACUUGUUGUCUCGUUUCAUGAGAACAGUUCAUGAUGACACGUACCUAAGAGACAUUGUCAUAAGUUUCUUAUUGGCUGGUCGUGACACCGUGGCUUCAGCACUCACAAGCUUCUUCUUGUUAAUAGCAAAACACCCAGAAGUGGAAUCAAAGAUUAUGCUAGAGGCAGAUCAGGUAAUUGGAGUAAACAAAGAGCUGACAAACUUCGAACAGCUUAUGAAACUGCACUAUUUGCAAGCAGCAUCAUAUGAGAGUAUGAGACUAUACCCACCAAUUCAAUUCGAUUCAAAGUUCUGUUUAGAGGACGAUGUGUUACCAGAUGGGACAAGAGUGAAGAGUGGAACUAGGGUUACAUAUCAUCCUUAUGCGAUGGGUAGGUUGGAGGAAAUAUGGGGCCCAGAUUGUUUGGAGUUUAAGCCUCAAAGGUGGUUGAAGGAUGGUAUGUUUAACCCUGAAAAUCCAUUCAAAUACCCGGUUUUCCAAGCAGGGUUGAGGGUUUGUGUGGGAAAAGAAAUGGCUAUGAUGGAACUCAAAAGUGUGGCACUCUCACUUAUUAGAAAGUUUCAUUUCAAAUUGGUGUCACCGUUUCAUGGUAACCCACGUUUCUCUCCUGGCCUCACUGCCACUUUUAGCUGUGGCCUUCCAGUUAUGGUUCGUGAAAGGGGAACCAAACCGAACCGUCAUAAUUAA